ACCUGUGUAUUUUUUGGCCUCAAUAUUUUUGCAGUUUUAACCUAGGAGUACAAGGAAUAGUCUCAGCUAAUGAGUGAAAAGUAGCGUCCGUAACUAAAACCUACAAAACACCCUGACCUUCAACAUUUGGAAUCCCCUGUUGCCCACAAUCAGUGUCUUGUGGGCCACACCUGUAUAUAUCCAACAUCAUUCUCAAGCCGAAAAGGUUGCUUCCCUUCCUCGAGGCUAUGACCAGUCUAAACGAGUUGAGUGCGCGGUUUUACUCCUACAACAAGAUGUACAGUUAUGAUAUGCGACUCCAGAGCUUUGCCGAUUGGCCUUUUCGUGAGGAAUGUCAAUGCACACCUGAAAUGAUGGCGACGGCAGGGUUUGUCCACUGCCCCAGUGUCAACGAGCCUGAUGUGGCCUGCUGCUUCUUCUGUCUCAGAGAGCUGGAGGGCUGGGAGCCUGAGGACAACCCCUGGUCUGAGCAUAUCAAACGGUCUCCUAACUGUGGCUUCCUGGCCAUGAAGAAAGACUUUGGGGAGCUGACUGUGGCUGAGUUUUAUCACCUGGAGCAGGAGAGACUGCGUAUCUACAUUAGGAAGACUAUCCAUUUGAAGAUCGCCAAUUUUCGAGAUGAGGUGGAGAAAACAGUUAAUUACAUGAGGAUGCUGUUUGAUUCGGAAUCUGUAAUGUAGUUGUAUAUUUUAGCCUUUGUUUUAUCUGUAAAUAUUUUAGUGAAUAAAGCUCUUCUAUUUUCUACUGUGUUUUAGAACUAUUUGAAUGCAGAAUUGCAUUUUACCACAAGGUGGUGCCUUCACACUGGUUGUAUGUAGCCCUGUUUUCCAGUGACGGGGGAAAAGUACCCGAUUUGUCAUACUUGAGUAAAAGUAAACAUACCUUUUUUUUUUUUAUGGAAAAUGAUGAAAGUACUUUUACUUUACACCAUUGCUGUUUUCCAACAUUGUUAGACAUGUAGGCUCAGUUGGUAGAGCAUGGUGUUUGCAAUGCCAGCAUGGUGUGUGUGCAACGCCAGGGUUGUGGGUUCGAUUCCCACGGGGGGCCAGUACAAAAAAUAAAUAAAGGCAUGAAAUGUAUGCAUUCACUACUGUAAGUCGCUCUGGAUAAGAGCGUCUGCUAAAUGACUAAACUGUUCUCUAGCCCACAUUCAUAAAAGCAUCUCGUUUGCUGUGUGUUGCAUUUAGACAUUUUGCCUUUUUGAUUAUAAUGGGAAGAUUGUAGACAGCUUUGAUCUGAUCCUAGAUCCACACAGCUACUGAGACACUUUCUGGACCCUAACGCCCCAGGGGCAAUAUCUUUUUUUUAUUUAUUUUUUUAUUUUAAAGGCACAGAUUGCGCAGCCAACAGAAUAACAAUGUGGAUUAUUUUUCCUACUUUCCUCCCCCAAAGUACUUGCUGUUGAGUUUUCCUGAAUGUGAGACAACCAUAGUUUAUUUUCAAACCUUGACCCUGGACAGAUGGCCCAAGCCCCUCCCUCAACACCAACUGUUGCUCUAGUAACAUCUGUCACUUAUCGGGGUGUGUUCAGCAGGGUGAGGGGUGUCCAUGUCACUUGGAUAGGGGUGUGCUGAGAUGCAGGACACGAAGUGUGCACAGGGAGCUUAAGUGUUCCUGGAGAGGAAACGGUUGUAGCUGAAUUGGCAGUUGGUUGUCACGGCAGCAGGGGAUGCUGUAGGUGUGACUGUAGUAUGUGUAAGGGGAGGAGGGUAUUAAUGCUGUCCCACUGCCUUUCUGUAGUGGAGUAAUGUCUAAUGCAACACACAGCCACUGAGCU